GACAACUGGAUAGCAUUCUAUCAGCAGCCAUCAGAAAAUUUUCUCGAUUAGCUUCGUGUCUAUAGAGAGCAAAAUCUUUAUCAACAUAUUUUCCACCAAAUAGUAGCGCUAUAGAGGUAUCAGGCCCGGUAAAAGUUUCGUGAAUGCAAAAAUGACCCUCUGGUCAGGAACAGAUUAGGUGGCGUAGGGAAAUUGUGAUCAAAACGGGACGUGAAAACCAUUUGUUUUCGUUUUUUGCUCGGUAGCUAGAAGCCGCAGUGUGCGAGUGUGUUCCUAAAUUUGCCGCGCCAAUAAUCGGAUUUUUCUACUGAGCGUUGAAUUUUUGGAAUUUUCCAAAGCGGAACUCCGGCCGUAUGUGGCAUAGUGUUGAUUUUUGGUAAAGAAUCGCAUGACGUUUGUGCAAUUUGCCUAACAAGUACCUUAUGUUUACCUUCCCUGGUGGAAGCGCAGACUUGUGCAAGUUGACAUUGAACCGGGAGUUUUCUUCACCUCUAGAAAAGUGAAUACUUUGGCAGCGGAUACUGAUGGGCGGUUGGUCUGUAGGUACAAAACAAUUCUAGUUGGCAAUUAUGACGAGUGCAAUUUAGAAGAUUGUGGCAGUAAAUUCUAACCCGGAUAGAAAUGUCGAAAACGACAGUGUUGUCACUGACUGGAACAACAACAGGAGGAGUAGGUAGUGGUGGUGGCGGAACGAUCGGAGGUGGAGCAGAAUUUGACGUGCCUGGUUUCGAGCAGAGACUGCGAGAUCUCAAGGAUACCCAGGACAGUAUUCAGCAACUUUCGGCAUGGUGCUUGCAGCGGAGAGCUCACCACAAAAAGAUUGUCAUAAGCUGGCUGAAUGUAUUGAAACAGGUCAAAGUCGAAAGCCGCUUGACCCUGUUCUACCUGGCAAACGAUGUGAUCCAGUACAGCAAACGCAAAAACUACGAGUAUGUGGACAGUUGGGGUACCUACCUGCAGAAAGCCACCACCCUGGUGCGUGAUGAAAAGGUGAAGCACAAAAUUUUGCGGAUCUUCAAGAUCUGGGAGCAGCGCGAAAUCUACAACGAUGAGUUUUUGGCCGAUUUGAACGGAUUGCUGAGUGCCACCACGGUAAAGAAAAACGAUUCAUCAAGCGGUAUUGCUACGUCGGCAUCCGGUGGCGCCACUGCCACCCUCGCUACCGGUCCGACGAGGCUAGUCGAGGCCAAGAAUGCGCGGGAAACGAUAUCCAUCGAUAUCGAUGACUUCCAGACGGCUUCUCUGGUUUCCACCAUUAAGGAUUGUGUCAAAAAUGAAACCGACACCGACACGACUUUUAAGAGUUUGAACAAAACGCCACCGGUGGAUGUGGAGCAGGUCAAAAAUUCUAUUAAGGGAAAGGAACGGAAACGUGUGAUGGACAUUGAACGAGAGAUCGAAGAAAACCUAGUACACUACCAAAGUUACGUGCACAGUCUGAAAACGGAGUUAAAAUCGAGGAGGAUGUUACUUAGUCUGCUGGAGCAGGCGGAAACAUUCUACCACAAUCAACGGGGAGAGGUGAAAGUUGUUGCUAAUGCUUAUCGUAACUUUGGCAAUCGAUUAAAAAGUAUGAAAAAGAAGUUGGAUGAGCUGACAACCACGCUGCCCAGUCCUAUUCCAUCGCCGGAUAUCAACGCACCAUCACCUGAACCGGAUAUGGAUCUUCAGCUGCCCGACGAUCAAAGUUUCUUUAACGUCAAUGGAAUGAUGAGCGGUUACAUGGAUGGUAAUUUACCUUUCGACAUCAAUGAUUUCCGGCGUGAUUCUCCAACGGCUAAUAUGGUGCAAUCGAUACAAGUGAUAAAUUCCCGCAAGGAAGAAUCGGAGGGAGUAAAUGAUUUUCUUAAAACAUUCUUCCCGGAAUCGUCAAGCCAAUCGUUUUCUGCCGGUCGAAAUGGAUCAGCGAUUGGUCAGCCAAUUCCACCCCUUUCGAUAACUUCUUCGACACCGGUUGGAUAUGUUCCGUCGCACAGUAGCAAUUCCUCCUUGGAGGAGUACGCAAACGGUGGCAGUGGCGGGGUUGACUAUACGUCCAGUCUCAAUAGCUACGGCGUUCCUUCCAGCGUAGUGGGUCAUGGUUCCGAUUAUGGACUGCCGGGGCUUGUUCCACGAUCGAACAAUCAUCGUCCGGCAGGAAUGAGUCGGAACUUCGGUGGCGGUCCUCAGUUCAGUCAACCCAUGCUAUCGGAUUAUUCGACGGGACGGCCACAGCCGGGAGGUAGGGGUCCACUGUUACCCCCGCCUGCCCCGAUCAAUUUGGAUCGUUCAGAUGAGUACAAUUCAACGUGGGAUAUGUCGAUGACGUGGGAUGGACCACAUGACCAAUCCGGAUUCCAAAGUUUGGAUACCCCGGUAUCGCCUCCACACUACGAGCGAAAAGGCAUCAAUUCGAACGUGAUCGAGUACAUUGAUGGGGUGAACGAGGACGGUCCCCUGCAGGAUGUGGAUCAUCGGCAGCUUCCUAACAUACCGAUUGCAGCCUUCAUGAAGGACAAGGGUCGGCUGAUGGACGUUGACCAUCGCAAUCUUAUCUCGCUAACCGGUUCACCCGGGCCACUGCUCAAGUCCAGCUUGGAUUACCUGGAAGACAUUGACGAAGGAGAUGACGAUGAUGAUUUGUUGUUGACGGCCGAUAGUAAAAGUGACUCACAAUCACAGAUAGAAACGGCGCCAGAACGUGAAAAGUCACCAGCUACGAGUGUCCCGGAUCUUGGCUCUUUCUGGGGUGGAAGUGGCGAUGUUGAUCUUCGGCACAUUAACAUCGUGGAAUCAUCCCCAGCGCCUGUACCAGCUCCGGCAGCCGUAAGCAGCAGUAGCACCAGUAGCAUUGCCACCACGACGACCACUGAAUCAAAAGAUCUCGAUAUGCGGAUACAGUCGAUGCAAAAAGAGCUGAGUUCGCACUUUGAAAGAACCGUCUCGCCGAACGGCAAUUCCAAAAGUGGCGAGGAAGCGGAAGGCAGCUUAGCGUCACUACAGUUGCUGCAGACGCCAUCGUCCUUACUUGAAAUCGAUGACUUUUUGCAAAACUUUGAACGGGAGAACUUUGACUUGACCAAACCGCCAACAGUACUGAUGAGCAAUCAGAAGGAAGGAUCCCUUUCACCAACACCUUCGCUUCUGGACUUGAACGCAUCGACACCUUUGCGAACGCGGAAGCAUAGCGACGACGCCGACCAAAAUGAUCCAACGGACAAUAAUGAGAGCGUCGAUAUGGAUCUCUCCGACGAGGAGUACGUUCCAGAACACCCAACAGAGUCGGUGUCAGGUAAGAGUGGCAAUUCGUCCGAUAAGCCUUCUGCUUCGUCUCCUCCUUCGACUUCUUCGCUAAUUGCGGUGGCGGGAGUUAGCAACAUAAAUUCACCCGAAAAUCCUUCAACGACCGGUACAACAACUUCAGCCGAUUCGACGAUCAAUUCUCUUUCAGCGACACUACAAGAAUCCGACGAAAUCAUCGAGGAUUCAACCGAACCCUACGAACCGUUUGAAGGCGAAGAUGUCGACGAUGAUCCGAUUCCAGAUGUACCCGAUUUUGGAGAAUCUAUUCAAAAUAUAGCCACGACAACAUCUACGCCAACAACACCCAGUAUGCAACCGCGACCGGCGCUUUUACCUGAUCCAGAGUAUCCGCCAUCCUUCGCUUUCCAGCAGCAUCAGCAGCAACAACAGCCCCCACAACACCACCCACAACAGCACGAGCAGCGGAAGCCCUGGGAAUUACCCCCUCCUCUGUUGAAUAACUUUGGCUCUGGUAUGCCUGGUUUAUCUGAUCUGGCUAACUUCGGGGAGUUUCCGAAUCUAGCUGCAGGGUUGAACAGUUUCAAUCAACCACCACCGGGUGAAUGGUCACCGCAUAUGUGGAACAAUCAGAUGGGACCUAACGGUGGUCCGAUGGGCGGUGGCGCUAAUCAGUUCGGUGGUUCACCGAAUCGACCUCCCUUCGGAGGAUCACCAUUCGGCAACAAAAACAAUAACUUCAGAAACCCGUGGGGUGGACGGGGAGGAGUUGGUGGUGGCCCAAGGCACAAUUCGCCCUAUUUCCGCGGAGGAGGAGGAGGAGGCGGCGGUGGUGGUCGAGGUGGUGGACGAGGUAAUUUCCGUGGUUUUCGGGGCGGGGGUCAUCACAAUAAUCGAGCAUGGUAAAUGGCCUCAAGUUUUCGUUUUCUAUGUUUAUCCGUGUGUAUGCGUGAAUGUGAGCGAUCGGAAUGAUUGAAAAUAGUUGCAACAAUAUGCAAUUUCCGUGAACUUAGGCAUAUGCUAGGUACUAACGCCGAAGCUUACCAAAUUUAUUUGAAAUAAUUGUCAAAUUGUGGCUUCAACAUUCUAGUACUAAUUUGACAUUAAUUCAAUUUUCUCUUGUUGAAUCAUUCUGGAAGAUUUUCAUUGAUGCUUAUUCACGGGCUGUGAAGGGUAUCAGCAGCAUGAGUGGAUUAAUUACUUAUAUGUUUCAGCGAUCAGAAGGAAAAUAGAGCAAAAGAAAAUCAAAUUCCUUCAAGCAGUAUGGUGAAAAGUCUGCUCAGUUGUGUAGGUUAACGGCCAACUCAAAAAUAGGAGAAGAUGAAGUUUGACUCCUUUUCUUCUUUGUAAAUAGAAGUAUGUAAGUCUCGGAGAGAAACGGUAAAGUUAGGCUCUGUCAGAUAAGACAGAAUUUAGUGAAGCAGGAUAAAAUAGGAAUAACGUUUCCUCUAUUUGUCAUUAGAUGAUUUCGCUUGGACAGACUUGUUCACACAGAGAGACGUUCUUCAGCUGAUCGGGCAGUUUAUUCUCCGACAAAAUCUGAACGGAAAAUUGUAAACUAGCAUAGCUUAUUACCCUAUCCUAUAUUUUUUGUUGAAAUAAAUCGGACUAGACCUUGUUGGCAGAUAAAUUUAUGUUAAAUUCAGAGAUAAAAAAAAGGUCGGUCAUCGUUCGUUGCUUUUUAAAUCUAUUGAAAAUGAAAAUAGAACACAACAAUUUAAGCGAGCAACUUUCCGAUUUGUAAAUAGAUCAUUGUAUGGUUAAUUUCCUGUACCACAAGCAGUGUGCAUGUGUUUCAAUACGACACAAUAUCUCUAGAACAGUAGAUCACCUGUAAGACAGAGUUGUUUUUUUUUUCUUAUAAAGAUCUUGAGUUCAGUUGAAUUGUACGUAUUAAGGUAGAAACAAUUUUGAAAUAAAAUCGUAAAACUAAUAACAGAUUAUCUCCGAAGUAGAAUGAAAUCAAGCCUGUUAGGACACCUUCGUGAUUUUUUUUCUUGUUUUGCUUGGGCUAUCUUCGCUUGUUUACUUGGCUCAUAUAUUUCGCGACUAACAGCAGGCAUUUUAGUCUUAUAAAAAUAAUACAAAAAACAAACAUUGGUAGAAUAUUAUAACUAAGUGUUUGAUAUUGGUGAAAUAAACUAA